CCGCGCUCCGCCCGCCUGGCGCGUUUGUCGCGCUCCGUCACCUUCAGCGCCUGCCACCGCCUGCACAGGUGAGCGGCCCCGCACAGUAAAGCCCUGAGUGAUGAGGAGAACCUGAAGCUGUUUGGGAAGUGCAACAAUCCAAAUGGCCACGGACACAACUACAAAGAUUGACCCAGUCUCGGGGAUGGUGAUGAACCUGACAGACCUGAAGGAAUACAUGCAGGAAGCAAUCAUGGAGCCACUGGACCACAAAAACCUGGACAAGGAUGUGCCCUACUUCUCCGAGGUGGUGAGCCAGCUCUGUUCCCCCUCAGCACCACGGAGAACGUUGCCGUGUUCAUCUGGGACAACCUCCAGAAGCUCCUGCCCCAGGGAAUCCUUUACAAAGUGGAGGUGCACGAGACCGAGCAGAACGUCGUCGUUUACAAGGGAGAAGAAACAAUUGUCAAGUGAAACCAGCCUCACCUCAGCUGCUCAGGAGAAAUUCUCCAUAAUCAGCUCCGUGGAUUCCUGCAGCCCUGCUCAGAAUUUCCUGCAGCCAGCCCUGGGUUCUGGGUUCCAUCUGGACAAGUGCAGGUGUCUCACGUGGACCCCCAAACCCCUUCUGGGUUCUCAGAAUGGGUUGGUUUCUCUGCUUUUCCUCAAGACCUUCCUGUUUUGCCAGCUGCUGUGAAAUUUAGAAUUGUGCCGUGGUGAAUAAAGCAGCUCUGGGGAGAGGAGGUGGCCUGGCAAAAUCAGAAAAGUCUUUGAUUUCU